AGCAAACUUUACAUUUUGUAUGUUAUUAAAAAAAAAAGCUUUGCGAUCUCUCUCUGUCCGUGUUUCUCUCUCGCUCUCUCAAACUCCAUCGUCAAGGACGAAACUUUUCGAUCUUCCUCGUCUCCUCUGGCGUCAAGGUACAAUUUAAUCCCUAAUUUAUGGCUAAGAGUUCUUCUAGAGAUUCGAUAAGUAGUUUGCCAGAUGAGAUUCUGGGCAAAAUCCUGUCUUUGCUUCCGACAAAAGUGGCUGCUUCGACAUCGGUUCUGUCCAAGAGGUGGAAGAAUCUGCUGGGUCUUGUAGACAGCCUUUGUUUUGAUCAGUCGUUGGUUGUGUAUCCCAACGAAGAAGAAGCAACAAGUGGUUCACAUCGCUUCUUAGAUUUCAUAGACAAGACAUUUGCUCUGCUAAGCAAUUCUCCCGGCAUCAAGAAAUUAUCUCUGUCUCGUGAUCAUAGAUAUGGUCAGGGCUAUAACGGACGGUAUGAAUACAAUCGUGUGAACUCGUGUGUCACCCGUUGGAUUCGGACUGCCAUGGAACGUGGUUUAUUGGAACUACACUUGCACGCCAACACCCAUUGUGGUGUUGAUAUAGAGACAGAGUUUUUGACGAGCAAGUCACUGGUUAAGCUCACGCUAUCCGGCGAAUAUUUCGUUCAAGUCGAGCGUGUGUUUUUCCCAGCACUCAAAUCACUUUCUAUCUUAUCAGUUUCAGGGCUUGAUCAUCUCAACUUUUGUCGACUCAUUGAUGGCUGCCCUGUGCUGGAAGACUUAUUCAUACGUGAUGAUGCUCCUUUCGAUACGCCAUGUUGCGGUAAGGUCGUGGAAAGUCAACCCAUCAAACGACUUGUGGUUUUUGUCGAUCUUCCAAAGGAGAAAGACAGUCACGAUUUUACUUAUUUUGGAGCGCCAAACCUUGUGUUCUUUGACUACUCUAGUUAUGUCUUCGAGAGUUAUCAGUGUGAUUUGGAUUCGCUUGUCGAAGUCCGGCUGAAUCUCAGGUUAUGGGAGUCAACUUAUGAUUAUGAUUAUGAUGAUGAUGAUGAUGAUGAUGAUGAUGAUGAUGAUGAAGAUGAUGAUGAUGAUGAUGAUGAUGAUGAAGAUGAUGAUGAUGAUGAUGAUAGCGAUGAUGGUUACUAUUCUGAUGCUGAACCAAAUGCAGCUAUAUUUGGUGACAUUACAAAUCUAGUUGCGGGUAUAAGCAACAUUACGACCCUUCACUUGUCUCCCGAUUCCCUUGAGGCUUUUCAUUUCUGUUGUGAAUCCAUGCCUCUGUUCAAAAAUCUCCUUUAUUUAUCUAUUGAGAGUAACAAGGAAAAAGGUUGGCAAGUAAUGCCACUUUUGCUCAAGAGUUGUCCAAAUCUACACACUUUAUUCAUCAAGGGUCUUGUGCACAGAGUAACAAAUAGAUGCGGAGAUGCAUGCGCUUGCAUCCCUGAGAAGCAGAGAAAGAUUGUGAAGGAGAAGGAGGAGGACUUAUGUUGCUUAGGAACAUGUCAAGUGAAGGUGCUAAAGAUUUCAGAGUAUGGAGGUUCUUUUCAAGAGCUGAAACAGAUGAUACAUUUCUUGGGCAAAUUGAAAUGUCUUGAAUCUGUGAAAGUUGGUGUUAACACAGACAACAAUAGUGAGUUCUUGCGAGCUGAUCUGCUGACUCUCCCAAGACUUUCAUCAAACUGCAACAUCCAAUUCAUCUGACCUCUUCUUUCCUUACCUUACUCGGGUAGAUGGCAAUGUGAAAGUAACUUAACAUUAUUAUGAUUUAUCACUUAAGUUGGUGACAGUCUGUUUUGUUUUUGAAAGAUACGUAAUACUUUUGCGUUUUUCUGGUUACCAUGCUAUUAAUUCAUUAUGGUGAGAGUAUAAUAGAAAUCUACA